AUGCAGCUGCUCCUGAACCGUCGCCACGUGGGAAAGACACUCGCCAACCCCGAUCAUGCGCCGCUCCCAGCGGAGGACGUCAAGCACGAAGUCGGACUGGAUGUCCCAGUCCCGACCCCACGUUGUCUCGGGCUGAGGAGUAGACUCACAGGUCUCAACGUUCCACCACUUCUCGUCAUCCGCAGGAUCAGAAUAGCAAGGCCCAGAGGAGGAGCGGGAAGGGAGGCACGAGAUUGUGCCUCGGCGGACUCCACGGUCGGAGGAGGCGCAAGAGGAAGGGGUUGGGGGGAGGCUGACGCUGAUAGUGGCACUGACGCGAGGGCUGGGACAUUUGAGGGGACAACGCGGCGAGACCGGACGACUGCUGCUGGGAGGAUUGCUGAGACGGCACUGGCAGAGGCAUUUGAGGAGGCGGCUAGGAUACCAGAGGAGAGGGCGAUUGGAGAUGCGGGCCGACGACCUGCCGCUGGAGAGGAGGAGGAGGGCGAGGCGGUCGACGAUGACAAAAGGAACCACCACGGGCCCUCAGAUGAGGGUGGGUACGCCCGCGAGGAAAGCGAUCCACAGAUUCGCGGGGUCGAAAAGGGGUCCCAGCUCCUUCGUGCUCAACCAGGGCAGCGGCGGCUUAGAGCAGGACUGGCGCGAGCCUGCCCUGGGCCUCUGGCGGGCUGGGAACAGCAGACUACCCCACCGCGCGCGCCUACCGUGGCUGGGGACGACGUUUGCCCAUCAUCAACACGUCGCCGGGAGACACAGGAGGAGGAAGAGGGAGAGCGACGAGCGGAAGAGCUUGCAGGGGACGACGGCUACGAGGAGGAAGUGGCGCUGGCGGCGAGCGCCGCAGAACGACAGCGGAGAGCAGGGAAAAUCCGGCAGAAAGCGCUGCAGGAGAGAGUAGACGAACAAGCGGCAGGCCAACAGCCGCAAAACGCUGCGGCAAGGGCGGCCACCAGAGGCCGCGGGCGAGGACGGGCAGGGGCGGGCGCGUGGGUGAGCUGGUGGAAGGGAGAAGGCCAGAUUUGGAAACUGGCGGGAAAGGCACGAGAGGCCGGAGGAAAAUGGGGUUGA